AUGGGUGAUAAAUCAAACAAGACUUUCGUUGGCGCAAUCGACAAUGGGACCACCAGUACACGAUUCCUCAUCUUCGACCCGGCAGGCAACCCGGUUGCCGACCAUCAAAUCGAGUUCGAGCAGCAUUAUCCGCACUCUGGCUGGCAUGAACACGAUCCUCAGGACCUUGUCUCCUCUGUCUUGACUUGCAUCGACGAAGCAUGUACCUCCUUCACCUCCCAGGGGUACUCCCUCUCCGACAUAAAAGCCGUUGGUAUCACAAACCAACGUGAGACGACUGUGGUAUGGGAUAUCAAAACCGGGGAGCCACUAUACCGCGGGAUUGUGUGGACAGACACGAGGAGCGCGCACAUUGUUCGCGAACUCAAACAGAAAAAGGGGGCAGACGAGCUGAUGGACUUGUGUGGUUUACCACUGUCUACAUACCCCAGUUCCACCAAACUGCUCUGGAUGCUAAGCCACGUUGACAAGGUAAAGAAGGCAUAUGAAGAGGGAAGAUUGGCGUUUGGGACGGUCGACACCUGGCUCGUAUACAAGCUGAACGGUGGCGUGGAAAAAAAUGUGUUCGUGACAGAUGCCACGAACGCGAGCAGAACUAUGUGGAUGAACAUCCACAAUCUCUCCUACGACGACAAGCUGAUCUCUUUUUUCGACCUCGACGUCAAAACCCCGAAGCUGCACCUGCCGAAAAUCGUCCCCUCGUCAGAUCCCAAAGCAUACGGCACCCUCGCCCUCAGCAAACUCAAGGGAGUCAAGAUCACGGGCUGCCUGGGCGACCAGUCCGCCGCGUUGGUGGGACAGUGUGGCUUCUCCCCGGGUCGCGCAAAGAACACAUACGGCACGGGGUGUUUCCUCCUGUACAAUGUGGGCGAAAAGCCCGUGAUCUCGACGCACGGCCUCCUGGCCACCGUCGCGUAUGACUUCUCUCCCCAGGGAAUCAAGCCCGUCUACGCGCUCGAGGGAUCCAUCGCGGUGGCCGGCUCGUCCGUCAAAUUCCUCGUCAACAAGCUGGGCUUCGGCAGCGAGUCGUACCAGAUCUCGGACCUCGCGGGCACGGUGAAGGACAACGGCGGGUGCGUCUUUGUCACAGCGUUCUCGGGCUUGUUCGCGCCGUAUUGGUACGACGAUGUCAAGGGCACCAUCUUUGGCUUGACGGGGUACACGGAAAAGGGCCACAUCGCGAGGGCCACGCUCGAGGCGACGUGUUUUCAGACCAAGGCGAUUCUGGACGCCAUGGAAAAGGACGCCGGCGUCCAUUUGAAGGAGUUGGCCGUGGACGGGGGCAUGAGCAAUAGUGAUUUGUGCAUGCAGACGCAGUCAGAUAUCAUCCAAAUCCCCGUCGACCGGCCCAAGAUGCGCGAGACCACGGCCCUGGGGGCGGCCAUCGCGGCCGGGUUCGCGGUCAAAGUGUGGUCGUCCUUUGACGAGUUGAAGGAGAUCAACGCCGAGGGCAGGCAUUUCUUUGAGCCCCAAAUCUCCAAGCGCGAGAGCGACAGGCUCUACAAGAAGUGGAACAAGGCCGUCGAGAUGUGUCGCGGCUGGACCGAGGAGGACGAGGACGAAGAGGAGUGGGCUCGGGAAGACGCUGGGAAAUCGUGA